GUAUUCUGGAAUGUGGUCAGCGGAAAAGUUACCGCUGUUGUACCAUUCGACUUUGAUAAAGAUGGCGAGAGUGAGGUUUUAACUUGUAGCUACUGAUUGGCUGUGAAGACUCCUUCAUAAGGGUUUUGAAAAACAACCAGUUUAUAAUUGAGCUUCCGGAAACGGGUCCCAUUCUCUGCCUGUCGCCAGUAUCAGAUGUCAGAUUCGCAUACGGCUUAGCAAACGGAACAAUCGGGAUUUAUGAAGAAGGAAUCAGGUUGUGGCGCGUUAAGUCCAAACAGAACGCAAUAGCAGUGCAAUGGUCCGGCGAGUGCCUAGCGUGUUGUUGGACGAACGGUCGUGUGGACUGGCGUGACGGGGCCGGUCGCGUCAUUAGACGAGUGCAGAUGCGAGCGAAUGCUGCUGCCAUGUUGCUGGCCGACUACCGAUCUCUUGGUGUACCGGACUUGAUAUGUAUUUCUGAGAGAGGCGAAGUAUUUGGGUACGCACCAUAUCAAGAAUCGUCAAGUUUCAACAGCACGAAGAAGCUCAAGUGCGAAGAGGACCGAUUGGCUAUAACUGAACUAUUGAAUAAGAAGCAGGCUCUGUUGGUGGAACUUCAGCAUUACGAGGCGAACGCAGCGUCCGAUGCCGACGUCAUCGAGCGACCAUCUUGUGCGAUGCCGACAAAUACUAGGCUGCAAUUGGCUGUUCAACCGGAUACUGACGAAUGCUGUAUCCAGUUAGCAAUAUCAACGAACAACGAAACUGUUGUCCGUGCAGCGUUAGUUUUUGGUGAAGGCGUGUUUGAGACAGGGGAGACAAUAGCAAGACAUCCUCCUCAGGGAAGCCUCAGAUCAAUUCUUUUCAUACCGAUGAAGCCGCCUAGAGACGUCCCUGUUGAUAUACAUAUCAAGGCGCUUAUAGGAUAUCCUGACAGUGAACAAUUCCAUAUAUUUGAGCUCACGAAACAUCUACCGAGAUUUUCAAUGUAUAAACUGUUGCAUACUGCUACUGCCCUCAAACAUGAUAGCUAUGUUUCAUUUCGAAUCACCGAGAGGGUUCAAAGAAUCCUUAUUUGGAUUAACCAGAACUUUCUACUGGAUGACGAGGUCAAAUUAGAAAUUGAAGAUGCUAAGGAACUCCACCUUAGUUUUGUGUGUCUUAGAGAUAGAUCUCGCUUGGAUUUUGACUUUGAGGUAGAUGGUCAGGUCACACUCACAACAACAAACAUUGGAUUAGCUGGGGAUUUGAUACAGAGUUUGGCCGUUUUCCUAAAUAUUAGCGAUUUACAGUCAACAGCAAAUUUCCCGGACACAGAAAAAUUAUUACAAGAAGAAAUUCAAAUUUCGUCUGAAGUAGGCGAGACAAGAUCGCGACUUGCGGCGGAGUCUGCUGAGAAAGCUCAACUUAUAACAGCUUUAUUACCAGCUGCUAUUGACGCUGCUUCGUAUGAUAUAAAAGUGAUGCUUAGUCGUUACAAAGAAGUGAUAUUGUUAAACGAGGAGUUGCUGACAAGUUGCUACGUGCGUCGGUCGUCACAGGAGCAGACGGUAUCCUCACUCAAAAACCUUCACAAUAUUCUAAAGCAAGCUGCCCGUCUUCGAGUUGGCAAGUAUAGCAAAGCUGUAGUUUCGGCGUGCAGGACAGCCGUGCAAGAUGGCAAUACCGACGCACUCAUAAAAAUAUUGCGAGUGGGAGAAAUUGUAAAAUAAAAAAAAAUAUAAUUAGAAAAUAAUUUAUUCAUCACUGUUACAUAAUAAUUAUUGUUUAAUUAUAAGGUCAAUUGAUUGAAAU